UGGAGGCCAAAUUCCAACUGCCAGACCAAGGAAUGGGUAGGUGUGGACAGGAUGCUAAAGGUUGCAGGGUCCAGCAUCUCAUUGAACUUUAAAACGUCUAAGGUCAAUGCACCCCAUGACUUCUUCAAUACUCAGCAAUAUCUCUUCUUUUUAGCUCAUAAUGUCCAAUUUUAUCACCUAAUCCAGAUCCUAUUCACAAAACGUUCCUUCUUCCUCAACAAGUUCAGUGUUUAAUUCAUAAUCUUUCUCUUCCCUAAUUCUGUCCUGACACUAAAAGAUCUCAGUGUAUAUAUAGAUACUUCCUCACCUCACUAACUUCUUAUUAGUCUGAGUUCCCCUUACCCACUUCCUCUUCUACACACCACGAAGGGCGCAUGUUUGAGCUUGCUGUCAUCCACAAGUGCUAAACUUCCCCGUCCAAGAUUUCUGAAAUUGCUGUUUCACCAGAGCACUUUUAUCAGUUACCAUUUCUUCUCUCCCUAGCACUAUUCAUCAUCUUCAUAGUUAACUCCAUCCCCUUCAUCGCUCAACUUUUUCCCCAGAUCAUCAUUCCCUCUAGCAUCAUCUGCUGUUUUACCCAACCAUCUCCAGGAAACUGAAUUUUAUCUCAACGGCAAAGACACUGUGAAGAUAAGCAGAACUGUUUAUUUAGGCCGAGAGCCCAAAUUCUGCCUAAAUUGUAGGAAUUUUCCUAACUGGGAGCUCAGAGCAAUUAUGUCUGAACUCCCGAAAGCAGAAUAAGAGAGAAACACCUGGAACUCGGGGGCCAUUAUAUUUCCCCCAGGCUUAAAAACAGCUUAUUAUUAUAAGCAUCUCACAGGCGGAGUAAAGGGGGUUGCACUAAAUGGCCUCCGAGGUCCCAUCUCUCUAUAUUUCUAAGAUCCUGUGAUCAUUAGCACCAGAAAUGAAGGAACUUCUUUAUGAUCCUGUUAGCUAGUAAGUAUGGGAGGCGGGAGGCCCGAAAACUGCAUUUCCCAGAUCCCUCGCGAAGGUCCCAGUAACGGCAGCUGGCUGCGGGGGCGGGCUGGGAGCUGAAUGUUUACGGAAGUGACCGAGGCCGGAGUCCCCGAGUGACCGAGGAGAGUUGUGUGGCAGCUUCUCCAGUCCAGCCCGACCCCGCUCCCAAAGCCCAGGUGCUCAACCUGUGUCCUAGGAAGUGAUCCGAGAACCGAGACUGGGCUUACAAAUUGCUUAUCCUUAGUGCUCACGGCCCAGAGGAACAGUAACAGAGCUGGCUCUCUGGGACUUUGCUUUGCCCUAGCUCCUGUGCAGCCCUCCAAUUUAUUCGUAGGCACGGACAAGACCGAUUUUAUUAUGAGCCGGAACUGAAGAGGUAGAGAAAGGAGAGUCUUUUUUGAAAGACUUUUGAAAAGCAACCUGCCCUCCAUCACCCGACAAACACUGCCUCCCUCUAAGCUUGUGCAACCGUAGAUGAUUCCCCAUUCCUACUUCGGGCACCAGGGCCAUGGCUUCCAUUAAUGAGCUGCCCGAGAACGUCCUCCUGGAGCUGUUCUCCCUGAUACCAGCCCGAGAGCUGCUGAGGCACUGCCGGCCAGUCUGCAGCCUGUGGCGGGACCUCAUCGACCUGGUGUCCCUGUGGAAACGCAAGUGCCAGCGGGAGGGCUUCAUCUCCGAGAACUGGGACCAGCCAGUGGCCGACUGGAAGGUUUUCUACUUUCUUUGCAGCCUCCGGAGGAACUUGCUCCGCAACCCCUGUGCUGAAGAGGGGUUGGAAUUUUGGAGAAUUGAUCAGAAUGGAGGAGAUAAUUGGAAAGUGGAAGAGACCCCUGGAGCUCAUGGGAGAGACUUUCCAGAUCCCAGAGUCAAGAAAUACUUUGUCACCUCCUAUCACACCUGCCUCAAGUCUCAGAUGAUAGACCUGAAAGCAGAGGGGUAUUGGAACGAACUGAUGGACGUCGUGAGGCCGGACAUCGUCGUCAAGGACUGGUUUGCUGCCAGAUACGACUGUGCCUGCCGCUACCAGAUCUGUGUGCAGUUGCUAUCGGCUAACUUCCUCGUCCUGGAUACAUUUGAGCCCCCACCAAUGGAGAUCAAGCAGUGGAGUGAUUGCGAGUGGAGAGAGGUCUCCCACACAUUCUCCAACUACCCCCGUGGAGUCCGUCACAUCCGCUUUCAGCAUGGCGGCAAAGACACUCAGUAUUGGGCCGGAUGGUACGGCUCACGAGUCACCAACAGCAGCAUCACCAUUGGCCCUGAGGUCCCCAGGAAAUCCAGUUGUACAGAAGAGGCAGCCAGAUGUAGCCACUAGAUCCAGACCCAGAGGGGAUGAAGGUGACGGCAUCUUCCUACUUUUGCAGGAUUUCAAUAAACACUAGAGACAGCCUA